AUGGCGAAUAAAAUCGAUUUAAGUACCGUAAAGCUGGUCCGUAAGACGAAUCCUACGGCAGCAAAGAAUCUCUUGAAAAAAAUCAAGCGCAAGAAUAAAAAGAGCCAAGUACAGGCGGAACCUGCGAAAACAAACGCGCAGGUGCUAAAGGAGGCCCUGAAGGAGCAUUUCAAGGACUUUGAGAGCCACCUAAAGGACUCUCAAGGUGUAGAAAUCGAAUAUGUAGCGCCAGAGGGUGAUUUUGGCGCAUUUAAUGAAGUUUUUGAAAAGUUUGACCAACUAGAGAACCACGCUCUGGACAUUGAGCCGCAAAAGGUCGUAGAAGAGACUGUGGAAGAGGCCUUUGACGACUCUGACUCCGAGGAAGAUGAAGCUCACAAGACCAUGAGCGCCAAGAAGCUCUUUAAACUCAUGAACCGUCCCACCUUGGCCCAGCUCAAACAGGCGGCUGACAAGCCAGAGGUUGUAGAAAUUUGGGAUACAACGGCAUCUGAUCCUAAAUUCCUCGUCCAUCUAAAGGGACUCCGCAACACAAUUCCCGUGCCUGCGCACUGGAGUGAAAAGACACGCUACAUGCAAGGAAGGCGUGGUAUUGAAAAACCAGCGUAUAAGCUUCCCCCGUAUAUUGAAGCCACAAAGAUCUCAGAGAUUAGAAGUGCGCUUCAGAUUAAGGAGUCUGAAAAGACCCUAAAGCAAAAGCAAAGGGAAAAAGUUAGGCCAAAGGCACAUCGCAUGGAUAUCGACUACCAGACUCUUCACGACGCAUUUUUCAAGUACGCAACGAAACCUUCCAUGACAAAGUACGGCGAUAUUUACUUUGAAGGAAAGGAAAUGGUGUUGAGAAUGCGUAGAUACAAACCUGGUCAGCUUUCUGCUAAACUCAAGCAUGCAUUGGGUGUUGGAGAAAAUGCCCCUCCUCCGUGGCUGAUCAACAUGCAGAGAUUCGGGCCGCCUCCAAGCUACCCAAACCUUCGAAUUCCUGGCGUAAAUGCUCCACUACCAGAGAGCGCCUCUUUUGGUUACCAUGCGGGUGGUUGGGGGCAGCUCCCAGUGGACAGCCACGGAAAUCCCCUGUUCGGAUACAUUGAUGCUGCGUAUUACGCGGAUAACCACAUCAACAAGGACUACUGGGGAGAAGUUCCAAAGAUGUUUGAAGAGUCGGAACCGGAGGAAUCGAGCGAUGAAGAAGAGGAAGAGAAGGAACGCAAGGAACCAGACGGAACACAGUCUGUAAUCGCACCAGUAGCUGAUACCCCGAUACCAGUUGGAAUGAAGACUCCAAUGAUCGAUGGAGGUCUAGACACUCCGUUGGAUAUAAAGACACCGGCGGCACCCAGGAAGGCGUACACUGUAUUGCAACCAAAAGUCGCAACAAAUGUCCCGGGAACGCUAUUCGGAUCGCAAGUUACUUAUCAAAUGCCGCCACCAGUUGCGGUUCCACUUGGUGGGGGAGGAACUGCUACGCCGUUUGGCGGAAUCGCCACGCCUUCUCUAACUGCGGAUGAAGCUGAUGGUACGGCUACGACCGACGAUAUUAUGAGACAACUAAAGUACCAUGAGAGUAAAGCCAAAAAGGCACAUGAGGCCGCUGGAAUUGAAGUAUCCGGCGACGCAUCGGUUCCAAAGCCUAAGAAAAAGAAGAAGGAAUUUAAGUUUUAA